GCAUCCAGACAUGACUCCACAAAGUCGCGACAGAGUGGAAUCGCUGCGUACGGAGCGAGUUGAAAGCGCAGACGACGAUCGAGCGUUUGGGAACGUUUUUAUGAUUUCUAUGCUUGUUCGGUGAAUGACGAUCGCGUUUUGGGACGUGAUUUUUGCGUAGUGACAUGCACGGGAAACUGCUGGAUGAGACAGAAGAGACCAUGGACCUAGAGGUGUACCAUCCGAAUCGUGAUCUUCCAAUACAAAACUCAAUUGUGUCCCAUCAAAGGAGACAUUCGAAAUCGAAGAGACGUAUGAAACGAAGAUAUAAAUGCUACAGCUGUGAGCCACCCGACUGUGCCGACACGACAACACACGCACACCUCUGCCAGAAUGCGAUCCAGUGCUGGAAGUCCCGAAUCCGUGACCAGUUCGGUAACGAGAGCGUCUCCCGCGGUUGUACGACGGCCCACGAGCAGCUACCACUGUACUGCAAUCAAAAUUUAAUGAACAGCAAUGGCCCGAAGAAACGACACACCUCCGGAACGUACAACAUCGAGUGCUGUACUGGGGAUUACUGCAACAAUGGUAGCUUCCCGGCUCUGCCGCCACUCGAGUAUCCGAGUAAAUAUGAUGUCAUGAAGCUGGAACAUUCGACUAUCUACUACAUGAAACUGACGGCUUCAUUUUUGGGUCCGAUCAUUGGGAUGUUGGUGCUUAUCACCAUGGUCUGCUAUUUCAGACGCAAAACACGCCAAAAGCGACUGAUGGCCACCAGGAGCAAGCAUGAUCCCGAAACGUAUUACGCUAGUGACGAGAUUUUGAGGGCAACCAGCGCUGGUGACAGUACUUUACGGGAAUAUUUGCAACAUUCAGUUACGUCCGGAUCGGGUAGCGGUUUACCGCUGCUGAUUCAGCGUACGCUUGCUAAGCAAGUAUCCCUUAGUGAGUGUAUCGGUCGGGGAAGAUAUGGUGAAGUUUGGCAGGGUGUUUGGCAUGGGGAAAAGGUUGCGGUUAAAAUUUUCUUCUCGCGUGACGAAGAUUCCUGGAAGCGGGAAACCGAAAUUUACAGUACCAUUCUGCUGCGACAUGAAAACAUCCUCGGCUAUAUCGGAUCCGAUAUGACCUCGCGGAACUCGUGCACUCAGCUGUGGCUUAUCACACACUACUACCGGCACGGAUCAUUGUUCGAUCAUCUGAACAGAACUGCCAUUAGCCACCAUCAAAUGGCUACCAUUUGUCUCUCGAUCGCCAACGGAUUGGUGCAUUUGCAUACCGAGAUCUUUGGUACUGAGGGCAAACCCGCAAUCGCUCAUCGUGACCUGAAAACAAAGAACAUUUUGGUGCGUAAUAACGGAUCCUGUGUGAUAGCCGAUUUUGGUCUCGCUGUAACUCACAGCCAAACGACCAACAAGAUCGACAUGGGAAAUACGGCUCGAGUUGGCACCAAGCGGUACAUGGCACCGGAGGUUCUUGAUGAGAGCAUCAACUUGGAGUGCUUCGAAUCACUGCGCAAGGCUGACAUUUAUGCGAUCGGGCUGGUGCUGUGGGAAAUCUGCCGACGAACGCUCUCCAAUGGAAUCGCCGAGGACUACAAGGUACCGUACUAUGACUGCGUUACAUCCGAUCCCAGCUUCGAGGAGAUGCGCAAGGUUGUCUGUGUAGAGAACUACCGGCCCUCGAUUCCGAACCGAUGGACGUCGGAUCCGCUUCUCGACGGUAUGGCCAAACUGAUGCGUGAAUGUUGGCAUGCCAACUCGAACGUACGCCUAACGGCGCUGCGAGUCAAGAAAACGCUGCAAAAGCUAACCCGAUCAGACGAGAAGAUGAAGCUCAACUACGAUCACGACUUCGAUGGCGAUUUCUGCGUUUGAUGGCGGCUCCAUACCACCCCCAUCGUUAUCACCGUGACGACCGCCAGCUUUGGUGGGCUGGCCGGUUCCAUCAUCGCUGCUAGAGGAGAAUGUAUCAGAAACAACAAUAUCAUUUUCGUAGUAAGUUACUUCGUGUUCUGUGUACGUGUUUGUUAGUGUAUGGGUGCGCGUAUGCUUGGGAUUGAAAGAAAAAUGUAUGACAACGUGUGAUUGUGUGAUUGUGUGUGUGUGUGUGUGUGUGAAGGUUGAAAGGAAUUCCCGAAAUGUAUCAUCCAGUGGGCAAAACAUAUUUGUAAAUAUUUAUACAUUUACUAGGCUAGACUUGUUGACGAUAACUCUUUCUUUUGAACAAAUACUUUAAUUUUCGUUUGUUCUGGCGGGAAAAUUUUUCAUCCAAUGCGACGAAAAUUAUUAAAAGGCAGCAUUUUAGUUUCCUUUAUCUUCCUUCUAGUAAUCAUUUGUAUAGUUUUCUAGUGCAGACAAUUGAAACUUUUCAACAGUCUUAAUACAAAGUUCUAUUAUGCGUAAAUUUAUUUUUAGUGGAAUUCUCUUAAUCAAAUUGAAUAUUAAAUCUAGUUUAGUUAGUAGCUAUUAUAACCAACAAGAAAAUCGAAAUCAGAAAAGGUUCAGUAUUAUUAACUGAAUGAAGUACGUUAGCAAAACACAAAAAUCUAAUUACUGUAAGUAAUUUAAUAUUUACAAACACUUUGAAAAUAGAUUAAAAAGAACUUGUGGAAUGCUAAUUUUCUCGAACUUUUUUAGAAAUAAUUUUGUUCACCAAACAUUACUAGUUUAUUGCCUAACUUGGGUUGCGUUACUUCGUGUUUAUGCUAAAACAAAUCAGAAUACGUUUGAGUGAUGUAACAAAAUUAUAAUGAAGUGCCAUUUAUGUAUAAAAAAAUCUAUACACGCGUUAAAGUUGGGUUCAACCUAUACCUUUUUAGCAGCUUCCAGUUAUUUUUCCGCUCCGGUACAAUCGGUAGACGUUUCAUGUAAAUAUUUCACACCUUUUAAAAUGUGUUUAGAGCAAACGUUCACAUUUCCAUUUGUGACUCUAUUCAACAUAACUUCAGUACCACUUUUCCACCCUCAAAAUGGCAUGUGUAGUAACGCGCGUAUGAAAGUAUCAUUUUAAGCAAAUAUUUAUGUGUCGAUUCUUUUCCUACAAUAUCGCAGUGAUUACAGCCGCCGAUAAAAAGAAGCGGCUAAUUAGCAUUCGAACAAACGGAAGGAGUUUUCUGAUUGAAACAAUAAAGGAUAGAUGUAUUUAGUUUAUAUUUAAAA